AGUAACAGAAGCUCAAACUCUAGUUUACAUAAACCCUAUAGGCUGCGACGGAGCAAGGAACCGGUUGUUUCUCAACGAAAUAUAGAGAUGGGAAGCUCAAGCAAAGAUCUUCUACGGUUUGAACACCAUAAAUACUCUUCUUCACCCUUAGAAUCCGCUCUACUUGUUUGUAAGAAAAAGGACUCGGAACCUCAAAAUCAUGAACCUGAUUCUUCCAAGAAACCCCCCUUCACUCCUUUUCCUAAAAGCCAAGUUUUGGGGAAAGUGAAAGAUUUCUUGGGAGUCAUGGCAGAAGCUAAUAAAAGGCUGGAGCUUGAUGCAAAGAAUAAUUCUCAAGCAUAUGAUAUUGAAGUACUCAAUGGGAAUGAUUCUGAAGUCAUUGAAAUGGAUUUGAUGUUAGGUGUAGCUGAUCUUCACACACCUCAAGCUCUGGCUGCUGCUGAAUCUGCAAUUGCUGGCAAUCAGCCACCAAUUAUGGUAGCUGGCAACAGUAGUAGUAGCGAAACGGAAUCAGAUGAUAGCAGUGAUGAGGAAAGCGAUGAUGAUGGUAAUGAUGAUAAGGAAACAUCUUGUCCAACCGAACAUGAAACAUCCAACACGGUCAAAGAGGAUGCUGUCCGUGAAGCAACGGGGAAAAGUCGAUCAAAGAAGCGGACGAGGAUAGUUGAGCUCUCUUGAAAACAAUAUUUUUUGAUUGGUCAAGAAGUAAUGUAAAAAUUUCUGAACCAUCAUAUUCCGAAGAAUCUCAAAAGACCUGUUGAAGUUUCCUGCUAGUGUUGUUGUCCUUGUAUUAAAUUUUGACCGCAAAGUGAAUCAUUGAGAUGCAAGUUAAAUUGGUGCCAA